AUGGAAUCAUCGAGAGAAUCAACGUCAAAACUUGAUCUCGCUCAAAAUUGUGAUCACGAGAUAAAGGAAAACUUUGAAAGCAAAUCUGAGAAAAAGAAGUCGAGCAGUGAAAAUUUGGUGUCGUGGACAAGCGCUCUUUUCCCUUCACUUCUCAUCCUUUAUCUCUCUUUCUAUUCAUUAUACAAAACACAAAGAACAGAGAGUAUAGAUGAUGCUAAAUGCUACGCAACUUGUAGAAUAAGCAUAGCGGAGAGUAUUCCUACUAAUGUUUCAUUCCCGGGCGCACGCAUUCCGGAAUCGACUUUUGAAGCCUGGAGUCGAAUUAUUGAAAGAGCCGAGAAAGAACUUGUAAUUGCCGCAUAUAAAUCGAGUCUACAAGGUCGUCAUGUUCUCAGCGAUCCACACGAUUUUCACUUUGCAAAUGAAGGUGACGCCAUCUUUGAACAAUUAAAAGAGAAGGGAAAUGUAAUCAAGAUUGGAAUGGUUGAGAGCUUCCCACCAAAAGACAAAGGAGACAAUGAAGAUGGAAAUAUUUUGGAGGACCUUGGCUUGAUUGAGCGUAGAAAGUUGGAGAUGAAAAGAUUGACUCGAAGAGAUGGGAAGAUGCAUUCCAAAUUUCUGCUCGCCGAUGAUCGACAUUUCUAUUUGGGAUCAGCAAAUCUCGACUGGAGAUCGCUCAAUCAAAAAAUGGAACUCGGUUUUGUUGUGGAGGAUUGCCCUUGCUUGGGCAAAGAUUUGCGCUCAAUCUAUGACACUUAUUGGGAGCUCGCUGUUGGGCACAGCAAUACACAAUUGGCCAAAUACAAUAGUGAAAAUCCUCUAAAACUGUCGAUUGAUGGAGCUGAGACUCAAGCAUACAUUGCGUCUUCGCCGAAACCGCUUAAUGCCGCCGGUAGAACAUGGGAUUUGGAAGCGUUGAUCGAAAUUCUUGACUCGGCCAAGCAAUUUGCUUAUGUUCAUGUGAUGGAUUAUCAUCCACUAUUUGUCUAUCGCAAACCCAGAGAGUUAUGGCCAACAUUGGACGAUGCUUUACGUAGAGCGAUCGCCCGGGGUGUGCAUGUCAGAAUCCUUUCGGCAGCUAUUCAUCAUCCUGAGCUUGGCAUUCGUUUCCUGAAAGCCCUUCAAGAUCUUGAUGGCAUCAAUAGCAAUGGAAGUGUUCAAGUGAAGAUCUUCAAGGUGCCACCACCCAGUGAAACGGAGGCGGCGGUGAUUGUGAGAGAUCGACGCACUCACAACAAAGUAGUGGUGACUGAAGGAGCCGCUGUUGUUGGAACUUCGAAUUGGUCGGGUGAUUAUUUUGAAGGUGGAACAACCGGUACAGCCUUGGUCGUGAAACAAAAUGGUUCAAAAAGACCAUUGGUAUCACAACUAGCUUCGGUGUUUGAGCGCAAUUGGGACUCCGAGUACGCUCAUCCUGUCGUCGACUAUUUUGAGUACUGUAUUCGCCAAAGAACGGCCAGUUAUUGCGAAAGUGUGAAAGAUCCAAAGCUCUUCGACAAUCGCAAAUAC